AGUUCGCGGUAUAAUCCAUGUAUACGGGCCUGCAAUGCUGAAUGUAAGCGUCUUUUUGAUGUGACUCGAAAUGCGAAUUAAAUUGUGUUUUCAGAACGUAUACAAUAGGCAGGCAGAAGCCGCAUGAGUGAAAGGGUAAUGACGCGCAGAGGAGGUGAUCAUCACAGUGUUUUUUUAACAAAUGGCUCUAUCCGAGGUGCACGAUGUAGCUACGAUUAUUAGCAACAAUUGUUUCAGUGUUGACAAGAUGAAUUUGGAAGAUGAGGACAAUCAAGAUCUAAACAAUUCCAUGGUCAAUGAUUUAGUUUCCAAAAUUCUUGAUGAUGACUCUACUAUCGUUGAUCAUACUUAUAACAAUAGUUAUAAUAGCAAUUUUCCGUUUUUAUCAUUACCUCAUUUUUGUAACGCCGAUAGAAUGGAGGAUAAUUUAAAAAUUCCCCAAAAUGAUGCAAUUGAUUGUAAUGAUCAUUAUCCACUGAACAAAUUGAUGAACAAUAGUUGUAAUUCAAAUAUAAUUGAUCAAAAUUCUAGUAAUCUUUGUCAAGAGUUAAGAACAUUAAGUCUGAAUGGAUGUAUGGAACAACCUGUUAUAUCAGCAGAUCAAGGAAAUUUAUAUAGUAGUGGAAUGAUUAGAAGUGGAUAUAAUAGUAAUUCUCAUCAGUAUGCUGCGCACUCUACCAAUGAAAGUUGCUGUAGUAUAACUAAUCCACCAGUUUGUAACACUUUAUUGACAACAGCAGAUGAAAUAAAUUAUUCAAAACAGUCUUCUAGUUGGCCAGAAACUUUAAUGACUCCAGUAACUACACAAGAUACGCUCACAAAUUAUCAACGGAUCCGAACAUCCAUUGAUUCAGAUUUAAAUUUUAAUGAUGCUUUAAAUUUAGCCUCAGAAUCACCAAAUUUGACUGUUAUGAAUGAAGCAGUAUAUUAUAAUAGCUUUAGAUCAAGUGCACCUUUAAAUUUACAUGAUAAUCCUACAGUUGCGACUCAUGAUUUGUACAAUAUGACUGGAAAUAAUCAAACUUAUAGACCAAACUCAACAAUGAUAAAUCUUAGUACGGAUGCUUCUUUUGGAACAAGUUCUUCACUGCAGCAUUUCACUUCUAGUGAUAUAACUCUGCAGAAUUGUUUUGGAAAUAAUACUCAACACAAUGGUAUUGCAGAGUACAAAGAUUUAUAUGAACCUAUUAGAUUAAGUACUGGAAAUGUUACUAUGAAUAAUGAACAGGUUUGCUUAUUACAUCAGCAAACAUCUAAUUAUCAAAUAGAUCGAUCUGUGGACCAAAACCAUAAGCAUCCAAUUGACUGUUUUCCUUGUACUAAUGAAUGUGCUGUGCCAUCUAUUAAUGAUUUAGACACAAAUGAGAAUAUUUGCAUUAAUAGCAAUUAUGAUCAUAGAACUGAUAAUAAUUUAUUAAAGAUUAUAAAUACUAAGCCAAAGACUAUUGAAACAAAAAUGUACUCCUCUAUCGGUUUUCCAAAAAAUAUAAGCCCGCGAGAUGAAAAUGAGGCAAUAGUUAAAUAUGAUUAUCAUAAUUAUCAACAUAAUGUUACAAAGAAUGUGGAGAACUUGAAAACACUUUCGCAAAACUUUACGCCGUAUCACAAGGAUUUAAAGCAAUCUCAUACUCAUAAUCCUGCAUAUAAAAUGCAAUCCUGUGGUUCAUCUGAUAAAGCAGCUUUUACAUCAAGAAAUCGUUUGACCAAUAAGAUUAAUGAAUCUGCUCUUGGAAGAGAUGUUUAUAAUUAUGUCAUAAAACAACAUCAAAUGCCAAGUGUUCAAAAUAUAUCUAGUAUUCCACCACCUGAUAUAAUGUUUAAUUCAACUUUAAUACCAAACAUGACUGCUGGAAGACCUGGAUUAUUCUCUCCAAUGAUGCCAGUUCCUGUUCCGCUUCCUAUUCCACCUAUUUACUCAAUGUUAUACGGUGGAGGACUCAAUCUUAAAGGCAGUAAUACUAUAGCAAGACGCACAGGUCCAUCAAGUAUAUUGCAUCUUAGAUUAGAACAAACUUAUGAACAAUUUAAACAAUUAGAAAAAGAAAGGAAGAAAUGUGAGGCUGGAUUAGCUGCACAAUUUCCUGGAAAAAGAGUAACCAGUGCAAAUAAUAUACCUAUUCCACGGCUUCAAGGAAACCCAUCAAGAGUAGAUCGAUUAAUUAUUGAUUACCUACGAGAACAUGCCCGGGUGAUCACAUUAAUAGCAAAAAUGGAGUGCUUGCGUGGAAGUUCAAUGAAUCAACGUAUACACAAGGCAAUGCAGUAUUGGCUAGAAGCAAUCAAAUUUGUUCAAGACUGUCGAAAGCAGGAGAUCGCAAAUGCUACCAAACGUCAAAAAGAAAAUCCUCAUUGCAUUCUCGUGUAUAAUGAUAAUGAUAUAUUAACUCUGGCCAACAGUGUUCAUGAAUUGACAAAGGCAUCUCGUUAUGCAAGAAGCGGUAUGUACAAUGCAAUGCAAGCCACGUUGCUGUGCGAUUUGGAUUUAGAGAAGAAAAUCGUUGAGACUUCUGAUGAUCCAGUCCUUGUGAUAAAGCGUAUUGAAAAUCAGAAAACUCUUGGAAUCAGCAACCUUUCUAAUAAUAAUUAAAAAGUUCAUGAAAAUUCUUGCUUGUACAUUGGUUGAUAACAGCUUUUUAUGUAUUUGGCGUUCACAAAGAUUUUUCAGUGGCUUCUAGAAAUGUUUUCUAUAAUCUUCUCUUUAAAACUUAGAAUGGCACUACAUACAAAAGCUACUUGGAGAGAGUUACGUGUGUUAGCUUAAAUGAGAAAAUAUUUCCACUUUUAUUAGUUCACUUCUGUGAAAGCUAAGUCUACUAACUUUUUACAAGUCAUUUGUAUAACUCCAUAGUUUUCUAAUAUGUAUUCAAUAUUUAAAAUCUUAUAAUCUAAAGGGUGUUUAUGGGGUAUUUUGAUGUGCACAAUUUAUGGUUCGAGUGUACAUCACAUAAUUGUAUGUAAACUUUGCUUAUUUGAUGGUACUAUAGAAAGCAAAAUGAUAAAAUGCCAAUUUUCUUUAUUCAUCAUAGCUGAGACCAUGUAUUUAUUUUCUAAAUUUAUCGAAUUUCUUAAUUCAUACAAAAAAAUUUUUCCUAUGAAAGCAUCUGAAAUGAUCAUUGAUUGACUGUUUUUCAGUUGCGCCAUGGGAUAAAUAAUCUAGGCUACAUUUUAUCGAUAUUGAUUUAGAUAAUAGGAAAUAAUAUUUUAGACUAGUUCAAUGUGGCCUUCCUUAAAUAUAUGACCCAGAUGUGUGUCAAGUAGACAAUUCCUUCGAAACUUUAGGCGAUAUUAUAUAUUCUCCAAUACUUUAAAAGAUUAAUAAUUGUAAAGGUGCAAUCGGAUUCGUUUCGAUAUAUGCAACAUUUUUGUUGUCUUUAAUAUAUAAUUAAAAUGCUAACUAUUGUACUAUGUACAUUAUUCACUGCAGUACAUAUACUUAAGACACAUUGGUUGCAUAUAAGAUUAAUGCGCAAAUUAGGUACAGAGUAUUCACCGAUGAACGCACAAUCACAUAACAUUUAUGUACACAUGCUAAACUUUUCAUAUAUCGUCCAUUUACACAUAUCUGUGUGCAUAGAUGUAACAUAAUCUCGUGAGUGUGCAUAAUAACAACGACAUGAUAUUUCUAACAAACAGAGAUAUCUUAGUAAAUUAGUAAUAUAGUAAUUAUAGUACAUUGAAGAGAAAAAUAUAUAUAUACAAUAGCGACACAUUGUGUUGGCUUCUUUGAUGCCAGUUGUUGGGUCUGUGUGAUCUUAAAACUGCCUCGAGCAUCUGAUUGGUGUUAUAAGAAUACUUGAAUAAUUUAAUUGAAACAUUGUACUUGGUAAUGCUAUGAACAAGAUAUUUAAAUGACCUAACCACUGCUGCCUAAUAUAGUAUAAAGCAUAUUACAUACAUUAACAAAAUAGGGUUUGUGAGAUAAUAACGACAGUUUUAGAUAUAUCAUUCUUUUAUGGAUAAUAGAUGUAGUACAAUUACUUGCAGAAUGUAAUAGAUUUAUAGUGAUGUGUAUGCUUUGUUUUGUUCUGUGAGGUAUUUAGUACAAGGAUUUUAGAAAUAGAGUAAAAUUUUCUUCUUUAAGAGCACACUUUUUGAAAGAUAUUAUAUAUGUAGUUUAGAAAUGUUUAAAUAUAUCCUCUUUAAGGAUUUAGUGUGGGAUAUUAACACGUUUUGAAAAAUAAUGAAUACGUAUUUGUAAUUCAGGAAUUUUCUGCAUUUACUCCAUCUUUAAGAAUAAGAGAAGAAUUCCUUAGAUCUCCUAGAACAUUAGAAUAUAGAAUGGGUUUUUUUUUUCAAGAUUAUAGAAGAUAGAGUCAUAUCUUCUUUCUACUAAUAUCACAUCCGCCCACUACGAAAUGCAGAUUCACUCAGAUACGACAUUGAAAUAUGGAAGCCUAGGCAUGCUUUAAAUCACUAUUAUCCGUGUCGCUACUGUAUAUCAUUUUACAUCAUGACUUUAGGAAAGUAUAAAUUUAAUCGAUUAUAUUAUAAUGCUUCAUGAAAGCAAUUGUUUUUCACGUUAUAUAUUAUUAUCAGUUUUACCUCGUGUUAAGUGACCAUUAGUAUUCAAGACUUUAUAUCUCUUAGCAAACUCGCUACGCUUAUUCGUGGUUAACUUUAACCAGGGAUGUGAGGUCAAUAGGAUUUCACUGCCCAAACAUAUUUAUGCACAAAUUUAAAAAAUUAUAAUUGAAAAAUGGAAGUUUAUGUUAAAUUGAUAAAUCUUACAUUUAUUUUAUUUAGAUUUCCUAUGGCCUCAUAAUUCUAGCUAAUCGCACACAAACGGCAAUGCUAUUUUUGUACAACUAUGUUUAACAAUUUUAUGAAUAUCUAAAUGUUGGGGCCAAUCAGAUUGUAUUUCUGUAAAAGCUAAUUACCACAUCCCCAGUUAAGGUUUAAUCUGUAUAAGAAAAUACUUAUCAUUCGGGAGCAUGCAUUAUUUGUGUAUUUGUAUAUAAUUGCAAGGAUUUCUAAAGCAAUUGUAAAAAAAAAAUAUGUCGAUAGAUAUGUCUUCGGUAGUGCGUAUAGUAUGAUUGAGUGGUCGUUCCAAAUGUUGAAAGUUGUGUUUUAGUUUUUCAAAUAUAUAUAAUCAGGGAUCUUCUUUUAUUAAUUUAUAUUAAUAUUUCUUAUAAUAUGACCUUAUAUAUAUGUAUAUAUAUAUAUAUAUAUAUAUAUAUAUAUAUAUGUAUAUAUAUAUAUGUAUAUAUAUAUAUAUAUAUAUAUAUAUCGUAAUUGCUGGUUGUUCAUCCCUUGUCCAAGAAAUACUUGUAAAUGUGUCAAUUUUGACAUUAACUCCGGUAAAAACGUUGCAAUACUACAAUAUUAGACUGUACCGCAUUAGUUUACGUGAUAAUAUAUUGCGCAUUAUAUAAUAUUACCUCAAAAGUUGCCAUGAAACAAGUCUUCUUUUCAGUGUAAGCUAUCAUGGUGGACAUGAGUUGAACAUCCAGUAUGUUAACACAUGUGAUAAUGUUAAAUAAUUUAUGCUCUACGUUAAUUCAAACUAACCGGAAAUAAUGAAAAAGUAGUAAAUAAUUAAACAUUAAAUUGAAUACCAAUCGUGAUAGGAAACGCGCGCAAAUAUGUGCGAAUCAUAAUUAUUAUAAAAUUAUUGAUACUUUCGAUUGAUGUGUGUUUGUUUCUUUUUCUAUUUCUUUUUUUUCUUUUUUUUUUCUUUUUUUUUUUUUUCUUCAGUUUAUUAUACGAAGUUAACAUUGUAAAAAAACACAGGUCUAUAUAAAUUUUACAAUUUUUGGUAAAUUUAUUGUUUUCCUAUAUAUUUGUUUAUAUUUAUUUCAAUACAAAAAAAAAAAGAAAAAGGUAACAUUUAAUUAAAAAAUAAGGCGCACGCAUUUCUCUAAAGCAUAUUACAUACGUGCUUGUAAGAAUCACAAUAUUGCAUUAUACAUUUGUAUGGCGAUUGAUUCCAUUAUUGUCAUACUAACGGUUGCUUUUCUUAUCAAUUUUACGACAUAAGUACAUACAUACGUAUGUUAUAAGGUUUAUGGUAUCAAGGCAAAGAAAAAAAAAAAGAAAAACAGAGAGAGAAAAAAAGAAAUGUUAUGCAAUAUAUAGUAUUUAUCUCACCAGAUCUCUUUCACGAUAUAAAUAGGCAUUAAAGUUUAUUGUAUUUACGGGACAAGGAUAAUAUAUACAAGGAAAAAUAUGAGCCUAUGAUUAUGAAAAUUGUUUAAGUCGUAUAGUUUUUUUAUUUUGAGAUAUUUUCACAUUUCGAUUUGAAUUAUUUAAAAAUUAUUUUUAUUUAUUUAUUUUCUUCUUUUUUUUUUUUUUAUAAUGACAAGCACAGAAAAAGUAAGUAUAUUUAUUUUUGAAAAGAAAAAAAAAAAAAAAAAGAAAAAAAAAAAAGAAAAAAAAUAAUAAUUCUCUUUUACCCAAUGUAAUAUAAUUUUAAAUAUAGCGCAUGUACGAGCGACAAAAUAUGUCCUUUUAAUAUCUCAAAUGACUUAUUGCACUUUCAUAAUCACCUGCUCAUAUAAGGACGCACACUCCACGGGCACGGCUUUCGUUCCGUUGUUGAGUAGGACAAAAAGAUAUUAAUAAUAUCGCGUAUUCAUUUUUGAUACGAUAUAUUCAUCGAUGAUAAAGGAUCGUCUCUCUUUCGUUGAUCAAGGAGAGGGAGAGAAAAAAAAACUCCAUAUAAUAAGGUGCCUACGAUAAACGGAAAUGUCUAAAUGUGCGAUUUAAGAUUUACGUCCUUUUCCAACAAAAACAAAAAAAAAAAAAAGAAAAAGAAGAAAGAAAAAAAAAAGAAAGAAAGAAAGAUAAAUUCUAUUCACGGUUCUGAUUAGAGACAAUUUAUCGAUCGAAUGCACGAAAAUCUUCAUGGGAAUUAUUUUAAACAUAAAUUAUUCGCCGUUAUCUUAGCGAACGUAUAAUCUAUAUUUCUCGGCCUAUAUUUCUAGAUAUAAUAAUCAUGAACGAAGAAAGUUAAAUCGCGAUCUAUGAAAUCGACGUUUCAUCCUUAUUAUUAUUCUCUUUUCUUCUUAGCGCGUAUUCGUAACUUCGUAGUUGAAUUUUCUCAAGGAAUGUUCUUUCUCGUACAUAAUUAAUUGAAACGAUUCGUGAUCGGUGAAAAGGGCGGACAGGGGAAGGGGAAUCAAUGGAAAGAAAUGUGCAUAUCCUAUGAAAAGAUAAUGAAAAAGUAAAAAGAGAAACGUUAAUAUAAUAUCCGAAAACGAAAGUAUAGCCUUAGGGAGAUACAUCCAUUCAUACAUAUACACAUAGAUACAUACAUACAUACAUACAUACAUACAUACAUACAUACAUCAUACAUACAUAAAUAUAUACAUACAUACAUAAAUUACAUAUGUACGUAUGUAUAUAUAGAAAUACAUACAAUUAUAUAAUAGAUACAAGCUCGUUGGAUGGAAGAAACUAUAUCGAAAGUUCGUAAAUGAUAACAGAGAGAGAAAGAGAGAAAGAGAGAGAGGGAGUAACGAGAUAAAACGAUCAAAUAAUAAUAAUAAUAAUAAUAACAAUAAUAAUAAUAAUAAUAAUAAUAAUAAUAAUAAUAAUAGUAAUAAUAAUUAUCAUUGGUGUAUGUAUUACAAUUGCGUAACAUUAAUAACGAUCGACAAGAAAAAGAAAAAAAAAAAGAGAAAAAACAAAAACAAAGAAAGAAAACAAGAAUUAUAUUGUAUCUAUAUACAUAUUACACAUUAUAUGGUGCUAGUUGUGACAUAAACAAAAAAGGCAGUGCUUUAAGAGAAGUUUCCUUCCGCGAUUGUCGUCGUCAUACAUUGUAACUGUGAUAUCUAUAAUGCCAAUUUGUAUAUAGCUAUGCAGUUCUUACGACAAAAGCUCGAAGAAAGUAGCUGGCAUAAUUGUAGUCAAUUUUCUUUUCUUCUUCUUUUUAUUUUAUUGUUGUUUGUUGUUGUUGUUGUUGUUGAUGUUGCUGCUGUUGUUGUUGUUAUUGUUGUUUUCUUUUUUCCUUUUUCGUCUCUUCUUUUUCAUUUGGCGAAUAAUUUCAUUAAACUCCGUAUGUAUCCUUAUUUUAUUCGUGUGUGUGCAUCAUGAUGUGGGCAAGAGAAAAAAAAUCUGACGUUUGGUACAAAAGAAAAAAAAAAUGGAAAAAAAAAAGAAAACGUUUAUGUACAAUACAUUGUCCUACGUGGAUGGUCAAUUGCGUACUAUUAUAUGAAUUAUACUAUUCGUUUAUAGGAUUAAUAUUGUAAAGAUCUUUGUGCACUUCUAGCUCGAAUAGCGUUCUUUUCUUUUUACACGUACACGCACAGACACUUAUACACACACACACACAUUCUCGUUAUUUUGUUUAUCGCAUCAUAUGCGCAAAAAAGAAUAUUAUUGUGCACUUAACGUCAUUUUCAUUCCCAUGAUAACAAAGGCUCUCUUUCGAAGAAGAAGAAAAAGAUGAAGAAGAAGAUAAAAAAAAAAAGAAAAAGAAAGAGAGCCGAAUUAAUGGGGAACAUAAUAACGAUGUUUCCAUAGAAAUGAUGCGUACUUUCUGCGAUAUAGGAUAUCAACCUCUCUCCUUCCUUCCCCUAUCCACUUAACCCUCCCGAUUUAUAGCCAAAAAUCAAUGUUUGUUAUCAGCUAUAUCUGUAGAAUUUUGUAAAUAGAACUUUCGAAUAUGUGACUGUUGUAUAAAUUUAGAUAAAAUCGCAGAUUAAAAAAAAGGACAAAUCACGAACGAAUGUUUUAUCGAACGAAGCCAAUUCUGUGCAACGAAAAAUCUUAUACUCUGUUCGCACAUUUCAUGGAAUCGUUUGUUAUAGUUUGACAAUGAAUCUAUUGAUUGAAAAGAAUCAAAAUCUGUCAAUGACAUAAUUAACGCGAACAUAAGCGCUUAUAAUAUUAUUAUUAUUAUUAUCAUCGAUAUCUAAUGCCUUUUUAAGAUCGAUUUGUUCACAUUAAUCAUAUGUGAAAGUGCUCAUUAUAUUCGUUAUUCGCGCCUUCGAUCGAUCGGAUAAACGAAUGAAGUAUGUUAAAGUAUGAGCCUAAACCUUUAGAUAUUUCCUAGUAUAACGAUGUUAACUAUCUUAUGAACGAAAUUAAACGCGUAUAUUAUUUCUCUGACACCGAUAAUAAAUUUAAGUAAGUUCUCGAUUUUCAUGUGCGUGUUGUAUCUUAUUUGUGAUGUUCUUAUGACUGGAAGAUAAUAUGUUUUAAGCUAUGGUAGUAAAAAACUAAAAAAAAAAAAAAAAAGAAAAAAAAAGAAAAACUAAAAGAAGAAGAAAAAUUAUAUGUAAAAAUUUAGCGUAUAAGCGAUAGAAAAUUUUUAUUAUGGACAUUCGUUCUAAGGCUGAAAAAAAAAGCUAUCUGCAUAAUUCAUAUUAGAUUUUAUUUUAUCGUAUUUUUUCAUGAAAUGGAUAUUUUAAGUUUAUUAUCGAAUGACAUCAUUCGAAUGGAUGUUUCUUAUUUCAAUUAUAUAAGUAUUUUAAAAUUUCUUACACUUUUAUAUAUCAUUAAAAGCUUAUUCGUUGUUUAAAACAUUUCUAAAUGAUCUACACACGAGGCUCAUUUUUUUAUAAUACUCAUAUUUGACAUUACAUGUAUCUACAUAUGCAUAUACGUAUCUUCUACUUUUUAUUACCUUUUUUUUCUUUUUUUUUUUUUUUUUGAUUAUAUUACUUAACACGUUCGUUUAAAUUCAUCGCAUUCUCGUUAAAGGACCAGAGUUCACAUUUCACAAUAAAUAAAAAAUAUUUACGAUGAAAAUUCAAUAAAUAUAACAGUUUAUAAUCGUAUCCUAAUAUAUUUGAGAUGUUUAGAAUGUUUAGUCGGCUUCUUGAAUAUAUUUAUUAUGUUUGUACGUAAGUUAUUUCCAAAAAUAUUUCUAUAUUAAGUCGAAUAAAAUAUGAUUGAUAGAAAGUACAAUAACAUGGUUUGUACGAAUUUUUCAAUGAAAUAGUGGCGAACGUGUUAAAGUGAAAAUCAAUCGAUAGAAUAAACGAACAGAAAAUAAACCAUUUCGUAGAUAUAGAAAUGGGAUGAACGUUUUUUCCGGAUAGCUUCGGCC